CGAGGGUCGGGGUCCUACACGGAGGGCAGGGCAUGGAAGUUAGGCCAACAUCCAGCAUCCAGCCACAUUGCCAAGCCAGAAGUCGGACAUCAAGGGCGCUGAAGACAGAAUUGGGGUGGAGAGCAGCUGAGACGGCUUUCCUCCGGGUUUCCUAGAUAGUCCUCAGAAGCGUACUUCCGCUCUCCUGGAGAGGCCCGCGGAGGAAGUGGGCCAGCGAGCGACCCGCCAUCAGGAAGAACCCCGAGUGCUCCGGAGUGAGCUGUCUUUUACCAGUGACUUCUGAUGACCUAGCAAACAACGCCACACACUGCAGUACUGUGAAGAUACUUGCAAGGAUACAGCAGUGAUUUAGUGAAAGUAACAGAUUUGUUUCGUGUUCUUCUGGGUGACUCUGGAUAGGAGUGAUGCCUCCAGGCAGGUGGUAUGCUGCCCGCGCAGCUCAGGUGUCAAGGGAACAAGGCUGCCUUCGUUUGGUAAAGAAGGAAGAGGAGGAUGAUGGCUGUAUUUCAGUGCAUACUGCCAGGCCACAGACACUUAACCGCCCUGGCCAGGAGCUAUUCCGUCAGCUCUUCAGACAGCUUCGCUACCACGAAUCUUCUGGGCCCCUAGAGACUCUGCGCCGGCUCCAGGAGCUCUGCCGUUGGUGGAUGAGGCCUGAUGUUCUUUCCAAAGCACAGAUGUUAGAGUUGUUGGUGCUGGAACAGUUCCUGAGCAUCCUGCCUGGGGAGCUCCGGACAUGGGUGCAGCUCCAUUGCCCUGAGAGUGGCGCGGAGGUUGUGGCCCUGCUGGAAGAGCUGCAGAGGGACCUUGAUGGAACAGCCCAGACGGACCCAUGCCUUACUCAGAAUCCAGAUGUGCAUUGGAUAGGCACUGGUGCUCUGCAGCACGCACAGAUAUGGUCCCCUGCAUCACAUCUCAGGAACAGUUCUGAUCUAGAGGACCACUUGGAGACUCCACAUGAAAUAGGAAUUUGUGAUUUCCUGGCUGAACAAACUGAUUCUCCUGCUGUCUCCGUGCCUGACUAUUUCCAGAUAGAAGAGAGCAUAGAAUACCAGGUAACAGCCAGCAAGCCUUUGGUAAUCAAGCUACAGGAAGCUUUGACUUUCCAGGAUGUGGAGGUGACCUUCUCUCAAGAAGAGUGGGGAUGUUUGAACUCAGCUCAGCGCAAUCUUUAUCGGGAUGUUAUCCUGGAGAAUUAUGGGAAUGUCGUUUCUGUGGUGGGCUCCUCUUCCAAACCUGCUCUGGUCUCCUGGCUAGAAGCAAGGAAGCCAUGGGGUGCGAAUAAUUGCACAGUUCAGCUUAAGAGGGAUGUUGAUGCUGUGUCUGAAGGAGGUAAGCUUCAAAUUAAGUCAAGCAAGUUCAUCUUGAAACAGGAACCUUCAGAAUACACAGAAAGCUGUUUAAAGCCGUCAGUAUGUCCUGAGACAACUGUUUCUGAGGAAACAGAGCUCAGAGAAUCUUUUAAAGAGCAAAGCAGGCUACAGAAGUCCUGUGGGGACUCCAUAGAAGUGAAAGAGACGACGGAAGGAACGGAAAUUAGUCAGAGGACGGGAAGAGAAUCUGAAGUAUUGAGAAACAAUGGUUUUCUUGAGUUAAAACAUAUUAAAUGUGUGAAUAUUUCUAGGAAAAAGCUAUCCUUUAAACAUGUCUAUGACAGAAACUUCAGAAAAAGUGCACACCAUUAUAAUAAUAAAUAUGGGGAAGGACUCAGAGAUAUAGUUGAGGGGUUUGGUGUGCAUCAGAAUACUGAACUGAAAGAGAAUAAAACGGACAGAUGUGGGGAGACCUUAAGGAAGAGCUCCCAUUCCCAUCCUGAAUAUCAUCAGAGAUGUUACAGUCAAGGGAACAUGUUUAAAUGCAGGGUGUGUGAGAAAGCUUUCAAGUGGCGUUCAAACUGUAUACGACAUGAGAAAAUUCAUACUGGAGUGAAACCUUACAAAUGCAGCUGUUGUGAGAAAACUUUCCAACAUUUGUCAGCCUACCGUCUGCACCAGGAAACCCAUACUAAACAGAAACAUGAAUCCAGUAAGUAUAAAAAUGCUCUCACCUGCAGCUUGGAUGUCAGCCAUCAUUUGACAGACCAGGAUGAGGAGAGACACUUACACUGUAACCAGUGUGGGAAAAACUUCUCCUGUAAGUCCUAUGCUCUUGAACACCAAAGGAUUCACACACAGGAGAAACCUUAUAAAUGUCCUAGAUGUAGGAAAACCUUUCGGUGGAAGUCAAACUUUUCUCGACAUAUGAAAUUACAUCACAAAGAGAAACGUCAAGAAGACUUCAAGCAGAAUUACACUCAAUCUCAGGUUAUUUCUACAGUAGAGAAAACUUUUCCAUGUCAGAAUUGUGGGAAAACUUUUACUCAAAAGAAAUCACUCAUUGAGCAUCAGAGGAUUCAUACAGGGGAGAAACCAUACCAGUGUAAUGGAUGUGGAAAAACAUUUAGCUAUAGGUCAUCUUAUAUUAUUCAUAUGAAGCGAAAGCAACAUGCUAUUAAAAUAAAACCUGAACGUGUCUGCCUACCUUUUAGUCAGGGUACAGUGUUUCCCAUUCUUCAGCUUGGUCAUAAUACAGAGGAGCCUAAUAAGUGUAAAUAUUGUGGCAAAGCCUUUCAUAAUCGCUCAUUUCUUCUCAUUCAUGAGAGAGUUCACACUAGAGAGAAGCCCUUUAAGUGCAGGGAGUGUGAAAAAGCUUUCCGAUGGAGUUCCAAUCUCUACAGACAUGAGAGAAAACACUUUUUGCACAAGCAGUAUAAGUAUCACGAAAGUAAAGAGACUUCAAAUCUACAGUCAAAAAACCUCAUUGAUCAGAAGCCCUUUUGGUGUCAAGAAUGUGGGAAAACCUUUACACGUAAAAGAAGUCUUUUAGAUCAUAAGGGAAUACACAGUGGAGAGAGACGCUUUAAGUGCAACUUCUGUGAAAAAUCUUUUGAUAGAAACUAUCGACUUGUUAAUCACCAGAGGAUCCACACUACAGAGCAACCUUUUCAAUCUCAGUGGCGUGAUAAAGAUUUUGUUGAGAUGUCUGAGCAUUCUGUUGACCAGAGAAAACCCAGCAGAACACUGCAGUCUGAAUAUGGCCUAUGUUCAGAUAAGCCUGGCUUAUCUCACUGUCAGGAUGUAAGGUUAAAUAUUCAAGAGUUAGAACCAAGUGGAAAGAAGCUCCAUACAGAGUGUGAUGGCCCUUCCGAUGAGAGCUUGAGGUCCAUUGCAUUCCAGAAUGUGCCCACCAAGAAGAAAGCCUGCCACAAAUGCAACUUUUGUGAGAAAAUAUUUAAGAAGCAUUCACAUCUCGUUAGCCACAAGAGAUGUCACACAAAAGAGAGGCCCUUCAAAUGCAUAGUGUGUGGGAAGACCUUCAGGUGGUCUUCCAAUUUGACUCGGCAUGUGAAAAACCAUGUUAGAAAUUAGCCUGGGGUCUUUGAUGACAGUAGGGGGAGGAAUAGUUCCUGGUUACAUUUCUAGAGAACUUUAGUGGUAGGCACUGGGGAAAACCUUUGUAAAGGGCCGGUCCUUUCUGGCUUGGAUGUUCUUGAUAUGGAAUCUUGAUGGUUUCAAAACUCAGGGACUUCUCAGUCUUCCUUCUGGAAAGUCAUGUUGGAGAAGAACAGAAUGUUCUCUGGGGUCUUACAGAGGUCCUGGCCCCUAGGUUUAACCCAGGACUCUGACAGCCAGGUCUCCUUAGAUAAUUCUUGCUGUUUAUGAUUGGAAAACAAGUCUGUAGCAUAGUAAGAUGUGUCUGUUGGGAAGGGGCCAUUUGGAUCCCCACUUCUUUAGGGUCUGUUUGUGUUGGUGCUGUUCUGUUGACUUUAAAACCAAGAACUUGUAUUCUCAGAUGUCUCCUGGAGUGCUCUGGUUGGGGCUUUAGUUUAUAAUCUAUUUUUGGUCAUUAGCUGUGGUCCUUAAGUAGUCUCAGUGGCAGGUGAAAAGGACAGGGUGCUGGGUUCUAUUGCUUGGUCUAGACAGGCAGCAUUAAUCCAUCAUUUCAGCUGAGAUAUAAGAGCAUUCCCCACGUGCCGGUGACCAGAACAGACAAAAACCCUUCUUGGUUUGGGAUUUAGAAGUCACUAAAUCAAUUAGAUCAUAUUUUGGAUGGUGAUAAUGUGUUGAGGACAAAGGAAUCCAGAUAAGAAUGGCAAGGAAUCUGGUUAAGAUGUUGAUUGUACUUUUAAACAAGCUGUCCAGGAUGUAGUGUUGCUGACAGAGUAAAACUAAAUGGAACCAGGUAUUGGGAGGCAGUGGCAUCUCUAGGAGUUCCAAGACAGACAGGGCUACAUAGAGAAACUUUAUCUCAAUAAACAAACAACACUCCCCCAAUCCCAACAAACAAAAUCCCUAAUUGACUAAAAAGCAAAAGAAAGUUGGAUUGUGUGUGUGUGUGUGUGUGUGUGUGUGUGUGUGUGUGUUGAUCCAUGUUGCUUUAUUGGGAAAGAAUCAAGACAGAAAAGGUAGGCUCUUGUCUGGUGACUUUAGGGGUAGUAUAGAGUCCCUGGGGUGAAGCAGAUGAGCUGUCUGAAGAAUGGACAGGAAGUGAGUCCUGGGACCAAGCUUUACAGAGGUAUUGUUUACACAUUAAUUAUAAUGAUGUCUCUGAUAGAGCCCUUUGUUCAUAGUCGUUAUCCUGGACCUUUGUCGUUUAAUUCUGUCCUGCUCCCAUCUCUUGAGGACUAUGCUUUAACUGCUAGUGUAACCUGGGUUCCCAGUUACGCUUGUCAGUACAGCCUGACCAAGCACUUGGGAAAGCUGUUUUGGGGUGCUGAGGUUGACAGAUUUUGUAGAACAAUCAAUUAAGAAAAAAAAAUGCUGCUCUAAUCUGUAAAGAAAUGAGUCUGCACAGUACUUGUGUUGCUUUUGUGAGGGUUCAGUUCCUUGCGUCUUGUGGCAGCUCAGCCAUCUCCAGUCCCAGAGAAUCCCACACCCUGCCCUGGAUUGUGUGUGCGCCAGACCUGCACUUGGCUCACAGACAUGCAAACUAAACAGUCAUACAAACUACAUUUUAAAACUAGCAGGAGGAGAAGUUAAGGGUCAAAAUGGUUUGUGAGUGAGCUUCAGAAGUUGCUGUGUAGGACCCCUGCCAGAAGUAAAAGAUGACAACAGCAGCCAGGUCAGCUUUUGAACCUGCAAGAGGUGGGAGAGGAAAAGGAGAAGGGGACUUGAGCCAGCUCUCCAAGCAGUAUUCAAGCAGAAACCUUCCCUAUCAUAUAAAGUACAGACAAACCACACAGGAUGCCCCUGAAGAGGUUCACAACUGUGACUUCAGGAGAGAGUUGGAAGAGAGAGAGAGUGAGAGCAAGAGCUGUUGCAUGGGGAAAAAAAUAGGGACCAUCCAACCCAAGAACAUACAACUUCCUCUUCAGUGUCAAGCCCUGCUUAGACCAGAUUCCUGCUGCCAGCUUUGAUGCUAACGAUGCUCCCACAGAUGAGGAAGAUGAAGACUCUGAAGAGGAGCAAUGACGGUGAUGAUACUGUAACUCUUCUUGCAGAGCUAGAAAAGAUGAAGGAAAGGGCUGAGGAGCAGGCCAGGAAGGAACAACAAAAAGCAGAGGAAGAGAGCAUUCACAUGGACAACAUUCUGUGUGGAAACCCUCUCCUAAAUCUCACUGGCUCAGGCCAACUUCAAGGUUAAAUAAAGGUGUGAUGAUGUCGUUUCUUAAGAACUGUGCAAAAGGUGUAGAUGAUCAGAAGAAAGACAAAUUUGUAAACGAUAACACUGUGAUCUGAAUUUUACAAAAUGUUCAGGCACAAAUAUAUUAAGUAGUACAGUUUUAUGUACUUAAUUAAAGACUAAAGUGUUAAGGACCAAAAAACAAACAAACAAAAAAAACAAAAAAAAACCCAAAAACAAACAAAACAAAACAAAAACAAAAAAAUAGCACGAGUAUUAAAAAAAUUCUGUAUUUUCAAAUUGCCUCUCUGAAAGAAUCCAGUUCUGUCGAGUCAGGAGUAGAACUUUUUUAAGUGGGUCUUGAUCAGACAGGCGGGAGGGAGGACUUUAUAAAGCAGGCCUUGAGUCAAGUAUUGAAUGAAAGUCGUACUCAAAAGUACACAGCUGCUAUGAGCCCAAUUAUUGAUGGGUUUGAGUAGUAGAGUGCCAGUUGAACAGCUUCUGAUUGUCUUGGCAACCAUGUCUAAUCUUAUACUUGAACUUGGCCUGGAAAGCACAGGCUUCUUUGAGCAUGGCCUUUCUCUCUACUGCCUGAGGAACUGAAGUUUGAGAUAUGGAUAAACAGAUGGGCUGAGACUGUUAUGGAGUAAUGGAUAUCGCGGAUGGCCUCUUACUCAGCUGGUUAGUGUGGUCAGUUACAUCCUUACUGAAGGAUGUCAAACCACAGUGUACAGAGAAGAAACCAUGUGGACUUUCUUAGUACUCUCUUAGAGAAGUUAAUUUUUGAAAGCUUAAGUAUGAAAUGGGUGGAAUAACUGGGAUUCAGAUCCCCCUUGUAAGUGGAAAUAAAGAUAAAUUGCCAGGCAACUUUAGAAGUCUUAGGAAAUUGUGUGCUCCAUCCACUGUUCCCUUCCUGGACCAAUGUGAAGAAUGGUGAACAUGAGCCAGUUCACUCCAGCAGUGUUUAGAUCGUGGGACUGGCAGAGCCCCGUUUGCCAUUAGAAAAAGGGACAGUGCAGGAGAUGUUUGGUACUUUGGAAGAAUAUAAAGCUCAGUGUUGUGGGGACACUGUAACCCAAAUGUGGGAUGCCAAAACAAGAGGACCAAAUGUUCAAGGCCACUUGGGGAUAAAGAACACUAAGAUCCUGUUCAAGCAAUUACCACCACCACCACAACAACAAAAAGACAAUUAUAGCAAAUGUGGGAGACUAUCCUCCAGCUCAGAAAACUAAAUGAAGAGCUGCAGAAGCUGUAUAUAUAAUACACUAUUCAUAUGAAUUCUAAGCACAUUCAAAGUACAUCACUUCUACUGUUUUGGGUUUCGUUAUUCUGUAUGUGGGAUGGAGUUCUAACAUAGGGUGGUGGUGGGGACAGUAAUGAAAUGCAUGUGUGACGUUGAGACUAGUGUUUGUCAUAUAACCAUUCCUGGUGUAGAGUUAAUAUUUUGCACAAUCUUCUGUGGGUUCAAAAGACAUGACAUAAGAGUGUAAACUUAUGAAAUGGGAUGAUGUAUGCUAUACUGCUCCCUGUUCUCUGGGUAUGAGAUGCUAGUGAAAUCAGAAUGGAAAGGUUCUUCACUUGUUUUUCUAAUUAUUGAUGCAGAACAAACUAAGAUUAUUGAACGGGAUAAUAUGGUGACUUUCAACUGUUAAAGUACAUCGAAAUAAAUAAAAGUUAAUCAUG